AUGCCCUCCUGGAAUGAUGGAGAAAGCAGCAGCGACAGCCUGCUCUCUGGGUUCUCCGAGGGGCACGACUUCAGUCCUUGUCCACCGGAUGAAAAUAUUUGUGACACAGUGCAUUGGGUAGAUGGGGAGUGGCCAUCUACACUGAAGCACUCUUUGCUGAAAAUUUGGGAAAUGUAUGAGGAGGAGAGAGACUCAAGGAUGCAUGGCAAUGUUGAGUAUGCAACAAAGAACUACCAGCUAGUGCUAGAAAAAAGGGAAUUAGAAAAGAGGAACCUGGAACUGCACAAGCAAUUGGGUAACACUUUGGAGCAUGUUGCAGAGCUGACUAACCAUAACAUGGAGCUUGAGAAGGAAAAAAGGGAGAAGGCAGAGCAAGAAGUAGCAUGUCUGAAGGAAGAAAAGAAGAAGGUAGAGCUAGUACUUGCCGCCUUGAAGGAAGAAAAGAAGAAGUUAGAGCUAGUAGUUGCCACCUUGAAGGAAGAAAAGGGGAAGGGAGAGCAACUAGCUGCCACUUUGAAGGAUGAAAAUAGGAAGGUGAAGUACUAUGUUUCAGACCUACUCAAUGCUUUACAUGUCCAGAAGGAUAAGAUGAAGAAGAUAGCUGCAAUGUGUGCUGAAUGA